GCGAGCUGUGAUUGGUCACAGCUUGUCACAUGGUACAAGGCUGUUGCGAAUGUUGUAAAUGAUCAUUCACAGAUUUCACAAGUAGUAAGCAAUGAUGUCAGAAGUGUCAUCUUGUUGACUACUAUUCAUGUGAUCACUAAUUGGGCAAUCAGUGAUCACAUGAUCGGGACCUCGCACAGAGGUCCCGUACAGCCGAUCGGUGUUCUGCUGUGUCCUCUGGACACAGCGGGCACCGAUCUCGGUGCCCGGCGCUCCCAGGGAGCGUGCACAGGCAAUGGAUGCAAGGGGACU